AUCUCCCUCUCCACAUCCUGACUCGUCUGUUGUAACGGUGCUGGAUAAAAAUCGGAUGAACGUGGGCAAGGACCACCAUUGCAGCUGCUGCCUCACAGCGAGUCCCCAUCACUCCCAGUCUGACAGCCUCACUGCGAGCAUCCUGCAUGUAUCUGCAUCCUGAGCAGUGCUGGUUGUGCAGCAGGAUAACGACGAGGUGGCGAGAGCUGCAUGGCUCAGUGGCAGCAAGAAAAAGAGGAAGGAGGGGAAAAAAGGGAGGAGGGGCUGGCUUUGGUGAGCUAGUGGGCUUCCUCUGCCUCACAGACACAUUUUAUUGACUUGCUAAUUGGAUGAGGCUCUCGGAGGAGAGGAUGCAGUGACCAAGAGGAGCUGCUCUCCAGAGGAGGGACACAAGCGAAAAAAGAAAGCCCUGCUCGGGGUCCCUAAAUCGAGCUACUUAAUCUCCUUUUUUUCCCUCCUCGCUUGCAGACAUUACAACAGAUGUUUUUGAGUGUCUCGCAGUGACCCUCACGCCGAGCUUAUAAUUAUAUACGGAUGACAUUGUCGAACAGAGGCUCCUGUUGCCAGACGCUUCGUGACAACUGAACCAUUUCCAUUUUUUCCUGUUCCCUUUUUCCUUCUUUUUUUAUAUCUCAGUCUCAUCUACUGGAGCUAUUUUUAUCAGCCUUCUUUUAAAUGCCAUUUGAUAUGAGCGGCGAUGGCUGGAUGAAUUCCUCAUCACAUCAAAGCUACAUGAGGAUGUGAAUUGAGCUUCUUCAGGGAGACAAAAAAUGAAGUCUUGCCAUGACUGAGGAGUGUAGAUGCUGUGAGGUCAGAGAGCAGGUGCCACUGUGCUCAGGUCUGCCGUCCCAAUGAGCCAAGCCGGGAGCACGCAGAAACGCACCACUUACCUCAUCUCCCUCACUCUGGUAAAGGUUGAGGCAGUGCCAGAGGAUGCUGCAGGAAGCCAGACGGAGGGCCUUCCAGAGGGGGAAGGGAGCCCUAGGAAGAAGAAGAAGGAGGAGGUGGUAGAGGUGGAGGCAGAGGAAAACGAGAAGGAGGCUUCAAGUCAUGUCCCUGUAAAAGAAGGAUCUUUGUUUGUGGAAGUGGAGCAUGAUGAAAAAACACCGGUGGAGGAGGAAGUGGAACAGGUGCAGGAAAAGCAUUGGAGUGCAAAUGAAAGCAGGGAUAAGCCUGAGAUGAGGGAGGUGUGUGCACCCCAAAAAGACAAUGUACCUGUUGAAAAGAGCAGAGAAGCAUCUUUUGCACAGCCACCUGUCAGGCAAAUGGUCAAAGUAUAUGGAGGAACUAUGUCUGAGGGAAGCGUGCGCAGAGAGGGACUCCGCUCAGAUGCCUUACGGCCCAAGACGGAGCUCUACCGAGAGCCUCCCAUGAUGUUCCUGAAGGGCGAAAACGGAACGGACUUGGGCGGCCGCUCCCGUUGCAGCCUCCCCUUCACUGUCCCGUCGCAGGUCAACCAUCCACCACCUGUCGUGAUGAGGUCCCAUGCAGGGAGUAACGCCUCAUAUUCCAGGGAGCUGAGAGAGACCAACACAAGCCUGUAUCAUCCAGCUAAAACUCUAGAUCGAAGGGAUAACCGUGGCGGGGACCAGUCUCCCUUAGUGGCAGCUACAACUCUGGGGCCUUACAGGGCGUCCUGGGCAGACAGUGAUGGCAGGGGCACGCUCAUUAGGCCCGGAGUCCCCAUCAGUGGAGGGUUUUCAGGUGUGAUGACCCGAGAGAGCCCUCAGGGGGAGAGGUAUAAGGCGGUUUCUGUCUCCUUACCGGCCCCCCCUGCCCCCGACGUGUGCAGGCCUCCAAGGAAAGGAACAAGUUGUACCCUUGACAACAGCGACCUGCAGUCUUACUAUGAGGACCCGAGAAAAGUAAAAGAGGGCCAAGGAGGAACUAUUCAGCGGGCUCCUCCUCCUCGGGAUCGCAAGAUGCUUAAGUUCAUUAGUGGGAUUUUUACCAAAAGUACAACAGGUCCACCAGGCACCAAUACCACUCCUCCUCUCUAUCCAGCUGUGGACAGGGGUUCCAGCGAAGAGGAAGUUGUGUGCACCAGCAGUCAAGAAUGGACCAUGAGUCAAACUGUUCAAGAGCUUCAUCUGGGCGUGUUGGGAGGACAAUGCAGUGGGAAGUCUGCCCUCGUCCACAGACACCUGACAGGAAGUUAUCAGCCGGAGGAGAACGCAGAGGGGCGUCAGUACAUUAAGGACGUUCUGGUGGAUGGACUGAGCCACCUACUGAUAAUCAGAGAAGAGACAGAGCUGCCAGGGCCUCAGUUUGCCAGUUGGGUGGAUGCAGUCAUUUUGGUAUUCAGUUUGGAAAAUGAAACCAGCUUUCAGGAAGUUUACAAAUUCUACCACCAGCUUUCUCUGCACCGGCCCAUCACUGAGAUACCUUUCGUAGUUGUCGGUACUCAAGAUAAAAUCAGCAGCACAAACCCCAGAGUAAUUGAUGAUGCCAAGGCACGACAGCUGUGUUCAGAUGUGCGGCGCUGCACUUACUAUGAAACCUGCGCAACCUACGGCCUCAAUGUGAACAGAGUCUUCAAUGAUGCUGCUCAAAAGAUUAUGGCAGCCAAAAAACAAGCAGCUUUACUGGCUUCCUGUAAAUCUCUUCCGAACUCUCCCAGUCACUCUGGAGGCUCCACCCCAGUAUCUGGAGUCUUCACAGGACAGGCUAGUAACGGAGGUCAGAGCAGUGACUACUCGUCAUCGCUUCCCUCCACUCCUGUGAUCAGCCAUAAAGAGAUUGCUAGAACCUUGAGAGGGGAGAAAGGGGACAGUGGCGUGCCUGGGUCGGUCCGGAGCGUCCGCAAACGCACACCUAGAUUUGUUGGCCGCAGAGGCAGCGACUCAAACAGGCGGAGUGCAGAUUUUAAGGGCGACUUCGGCAGCGGGAGAUUCAUCCCCAUCAAACAGGGCAUCUUGCUAAAGCGCAGUGGGAGCUCGCUCAACAAAGAGUGGAAAAAGAAAUAUGUCACUCUAUCCAGCGAUGGCAUCCUCUCGUAUCACUCCAGUGUCAAUGAUUACAUGCUGAACACUCCUGGGAAAGAGAUGGACCUGCUUCGAGUGACUGUUAAGGUCCCCGGAAAGCGCCCCCCUCGUGCUGUACCGGCAUGCCCUGCUGGGCUUAAUGGUCGCGCUAAAGAUAUGCUGGGACCUGAAGUCAGUACAAGUGGCCUCCUGCAAAUGGAGGAGGUUGAAGGAUUGGGCGGGGCUUUAUUCCUGAGAAGCAACAUUGGUGUUCAGCGCUGCUCAUCCACACUGUCCAACCAUGCCCAAGGUGUUGACUCUGCAGUCGAGGGAGUCUCCAGCUCCUCAUCUACCAAAGAUGUUGGCUCAGCCUCCCCGCUGACCGACAGGAAGAAGCACCGCAGAAAGAAGAGCAUGAAUCAGAAAGGAGACACAGCUGUGGGCCAAGCAGACGCUAAACGGAAAAUGUGGAAACUGAAAAGUUUUGGGAGCUCCAGAAACGUAAGCAAAACAGAUGAAGACAACUUUGACUUCCUGGUUGUGUCGAGCACCGGCCAGACGUGGCACUUUGAAGCCCAGAGUGUGGAGGAGAGGGAUUCCUGGGUACAGGCCAUUGAGAGCCAGAUCCUGGCCAGCCUGCAGCUCUGUGAGAGCAGCAAGAACAAGGAUCGCAAGAACAGCCAAAGUGAAGCUGUGGCACUACAGGCGAUCCGCAAUGCGAAAGGGAACAACUUCUGUGUUGACUGUGAUGCUCCAAAUCCAACAUGGGCCAGCCUGAACCUAGGGGCUCUCAUAUGCAUCGAGUGUUCUGGGAUUCAUAGGAACCUGGGGACCCACUUGUCACGGGUCCGCUCGCUGGCCCUCGACGACCUGCCGAGGGAGCUCACCCUGGUUCUCAGCGCCAUUGGCAACCACAUGGUCAACAGUAUAUGGGAAGCACGCACAAUGGGCCACCGGAAACCAGCACCUGAUGCUACACGAGAGGAGCGGGAGUCGUGGAUCAGAGCCAAGUAUGAACAGAAACUGUUUGUGGCGCCGCUGCCUCCACCCACACCCAGCGAGGGCCCAGACAUCAGCAUGUCGGGCCGUCUUCUGUUGGCAGUGAUGGAGCACAAUCUGUCCAAGCUGCUGCUCCUGUUGGCCCACUGCACAAAGGAGGACAUCAACGCCCCUCCCUUCCUGUCGCUCCCCUCCAGGUCGCUCCUGGCCCUGCGUCUGCCUGGCUCUGCCCUGCACGCUGCCUGUCAGCAGGCUGAUGUGGUGAUGACGCAGCUUCUAGUCUGGUAUGGCUGUGACGUCCGGCACCGGGACGCCCAGGGUCAGACGGCGCUGGCCCUGGCUCAAAGCGCUGGAAGCCAGGAGUGCGUCGACAUCCUGCUGCAGCACGGCUGCCCUUGUGAGCCGGCUCCCGUUUUCAGCACCACGGUUGGAUUUGCGUCUGCUGUGACAUCCAGCUUCCCUGCUGCCAUGACGCCAAGCUUGACGGUCGCCACCACGAUCAAAAUCACACAGAAGAGCAGCGGCGCCAACCUGGGUUACAGUACAUCUAGAAGAGCUGUGUCAUAAAGCGCAGAGUGUUUUUUUAAGUUAGUGUGUCACUGCUUCGCCCUCGUAGAGUCCUAUCCAUCCACACGGACAAACUGACAGAUACCAUCCACCUAGAGUCAGAUGAGAUUUUAGGAGGUGUGCGUGUUUCAGGGAUGAAAACUGGAGAAUACACUGUGCUGGGCUGAUCCCCCCCCCCCCCUCCCUUUUUUUUUCUGGCAAAAUGUCUGUGCAUUCAGAUUUAAGUAGAAUGUACUAAACUGUUUACCAGAGACAUAUCUCCUCAUGCAGUCAUUGCUAGGCGAUAUUCUCCACUCUAUUAUGAGUGGAAAAGCGCCUUCAGGCCUCAAACUGCUUCUCUGAGCAGCCAAAGCCCAGAAGUAUAAGAACUGCAAUACGUUUACUAAUCUGAAAGUGGGAUGUAUUGAACUCGUAGCAUAAAAAGAUUAUGGCUAAUGUUAAUUCUGACAGUGAAUGUGAGUUUUAGAUUCCUCGGAGCUUGUCAUUAAGUGCAUAAAUUAUGUUAUUUGUAAGUUGAUGUGAAAUAUGUUAGUGGCUGGGAAAGGGGAUAAAAUAACUGUAUAGAGAAGCGUUGAUAAAACGGUAAAAUACUACAAAUUUCAAAGUGUCUCAUUUCCAGUUUAUUACUGUAUGAUUUGUACAGUUGUUUCUGUGUAUAAAACAUACAGAGGUUAAUCAUUGCUGUUCAGAGAUUACCUGUACAGAUUUUUCGUUUUUCCCGCUUAACUCAGAUUUGUUUAUUUUUGCCUUUUGUCUGUUCUUGGUGUGUCUGAUGUAAAACAUUGUACAUACAGCUGUAGCUCAUUGGUAAAGUGACUAUAGUACAAGAUAUGUGUUCAGUGAUGUGAAAAAGUUUUCACCACUUACAGAUUUCUUUGACCAUUGCUUUUUGUCGCACUUAGAUAUUUCAGAUCCAAUAAAUUCUACAAAGAAACAUGGGUUUACGCAAAUUACCACUUAAGAAUGUUUUAUUUGAAACAGAGAGAGAGAAAAAAAAUCUAAGCUUAAUUUGGAAACUCUAGCUUUUUUUCAGCAAGAACUGCCUUUUAAAAAUUCUUGAUGUAUUUGGAUUUUGGUCUAGAUUUUCUCUAGAUCUUUUGGAACGUUAAUUUUAGGGGAAUGUUUGGGUAAAUCUGAGGUGGAAUUGCUAGUUGCCGUGGAUACUUGGUUUGCUGCAGUGUUUUGGGCCUAAGGUGCCAAUCUGAAGGCUGGACAUUCUUCCUUAGAAUAAUUCCUGUUUGCAACUAUUACAGCAAAUCAUCCCAGUCUUGAAGCAGGAAAGUAGCCCAGAUCAUCACACUCCCACCGCUAUGCUUGACUGUAGGAGUAAUAUUUAUUUCUGAUAUAUAUAGACCUUUGGGUUGUUUGUUUAAUUCCAGAUGUAUGAGGACCAACGCCUUUAAAAACAUUUUUUAUUGAGUCAAUCGAAUAUUUCAACUAUCCAUUGAGCCAUCAUGUUAUUUUUUUAUCAGUGGUGGUUGUCUCUUCGAGCUUUCCCAUUAGUUUGCUUAUAUUUAAUUGUUGAAUAAACACGGACCUCAAAUCAACAUGAAUGGAGUUUAGAUGUUUUCUUUCCUUUUUUUGCUUGUUGGAAUUAACAAUUGCCAACAAGAUUACGGCUGUUUCAUGUUUUCUCCAUUUGUGAAUAAUGGUUCUUCUCUGUGGUCCAAAUAUUACACAAAUGUUUUUUGUAACUCAUUCUCAGAAGGUUGAAUAUUUUUGUGUUCUUAUUCUUAAUUUUCUGUUCUUGGUGUGUUCCUUUUAGAUAACGUUUAACGUAGUUCAUUUUUUUUUCUUAAUUACGUCCGUUUUAAGUGUGCCAUGUAUACAGGGUUCUGCUGUAAAGCUAUCCAAAGAGCUUUGUUUAGAUACUGUUGUUUCCCUCAAAUGAAAUAAUUAGAACAAUUUAUUUACUCAGAUCACCACUGCUUGAUGAAAGGAAAGUUUUGAUCUUGAAUUUUAAGUGUGGCAAAAAGCUAAUAGCAUUCUGUAAGGCAGAAAUACUUCUUCUCAUCACAUCACACAACUGAGAUGACUAAAUAAAUGAAAUGACUUGGUUUUUGACUGAAUGUAGAUAAACAUUUACGCUGA